AUGGCGCGGUCCACGGAACGCUUUCGAGUUGAAAUCCGGUCCGACAAAGAGUCACGACAGGUCACCAGGCAUACUAACACGCAGAUGCUGCUCCUACUUUUCUUGGACCUCGCCUCAGAAAUUCUUUCCACCGGAAUUCCUACCCCUUCUAACGUCCAUGUCGACAGCGCCUUGCCAAUCUGUGUCAACAAAAUUUCCUGUCUUUGUGCGCGCAUACCAUGGCGACUGUUAAGUGUUCUCCCGUCUAAAUGUCACUUUAAUUUCCAGCUGCGUCACAAGCACCCUCGAAUAUGGACAUCUACGUGCUAUGUCAAGUUUCGUAUUUUCGCAGGUCUUAUCAUCCUCUACGACCAGCCACGAUACAAAGGCAGGCGCUACGGAUCCAGGGCUGUUCGUAUAGGAGCUAGGUCUCUUCUCAAGCAAACGUCCAUCGUUGAAAUAAAGGCCAUGGCCUCAGUUUCUCGCUUGACUUCACUCCUAGUCCCUCGCUUGCAUCAUAUUUGUGUUGAUCAUAACGUUCAGCCUGAUGGUCGACAAAUUUGCUGGGUGAUAAUGGAGUACAUGCCGGGUCGCACUUAUGAUAAUGCCUGGCCGAGUCUUAUUUCGAAACAGAGGAACAGGAUCCAAGAGCAGAUGCACAACUACCAGACAAGGCUCUUCUCGGGGGAGUUCUAUUUAAGUGACGUCCUCUUUCUGUUAGAUGGAUAUCCUGACGGAUACGUCAGCCUUGUAGGAACUCAUCCCUGCUGGGAUUACGAACUGGGUGCCUCCCAGGCAUAUGGGCCUUUCCCUAGCCUGUAG